AUGCCGUCGGCACCCAAGACCCAGAAGGACGCCGCCUCGCCCUCGCGCAAGGGCGACUUUGACGCUGUCCGCAACGACAUUGCCAGCAUCCUCGACCAGCCCGACUACGACGAUGGCUCGAUCGGCCCUGUCCUCGUCCGCCUCGCAUGGCACGCCUCGGGCACGUACUGCGCCGAGACCAAGACGGGCGGCAGCAACGGCGCCGGCAUGCGGUACGAGGCAGAGGGAGGCGACCCGGCCAACGCCGGUCUCGAGCACGCGCGCCGGUUCCUCGAGCCCGUCAAGGAGAAGCACCCGUGGAUCACGUACGCCGACCUGUGGACCCUCGCCGGCGUCGUCGCCAUCAAGGAGAUGGGCGGGCCCGACUGCAAGUGGAAGCCCGGCCGCACCGACUUUGUCGACGAUUCCAAGUGCCCGCCGCGUGGCCGCCUGCCCGACGGUGCCCAGGCCGCCGAGCACCUGCGCUUCAUCUUCUACCGCAUGGGCUUCAACGACCAGGAGAUUGUCGCGCUCGCCGGCGCCCACUCGCUCGGCCGGUGCCACUCGGACCGCUCGGGCUGGGAGGGCCCGUGGAGCGUGACGCCGACCAAGUUCAGCACGCAGUACUACAAGAUGCUCACCAAGUUCAAGUGGGAGGAGAAGAAGUGGGAGGGCCCGCGCCAGUUCCGGAACGAGGACCUCGGCGAGGAGCUCAUGAUGUUGCCGACCGACAUGGCGCUCAUCGAGGACGAGAAGUUCAUCCCCUGGGUCAAGAAGUACGCCGAGGACCGCGACGCGUUCUACAAGGACUUUGCCGAUGUCUUCUCCAAGCUCAUCGAGCUCGGCGUCGAGCGCACCGACGACUACGAGAGCGCGCCGACGUUCUCCAAGGCCGAGGGCGACAAGAAGGAGCAGGAGGCCAAGUCGAAGAUCUAGUUUGCGCCACUCGUCCUGUGUUGCUCGUCCUUGCCAAUCCUAAGCUGUCCAUCGAG